UGACAAGCGACGAAGACAAACACUCCGAUAAUGCCCAAGGCCAAGCAACUCGUGCGAGACAGCCACAACAUCGUUGCCGACAUGGUCGAAGGCAUGGCCCUCUCUCACCCGCAUCUGGUGCUGGAACCGAGUGAGCGCGUGCUGUUGCACCGCGACUACGUGGCCAUCCGCGAGCGCCAAGUGACGCUCAUUUCGGGCGGCGGCAGCGGCCACGAGCCCACUCACGCCGGUUACAUCGGCGAAGGAAUGCUGACCGCUGUGGUGUGCGGUGGCGUGUUCGCCUCGCCCUCCACGCAGCAGGUUCUUACGGCCAUUCGACUAGCCGCUGGCCCGCACGGCUGCCUGGUCAUCGUCAAGAACUACACGGGCGACCGCCUUAACUUCGGCCUGGCCGUGGAACAGGCCAAGGCUGAGGGGCUUAAGUGCGACAUGGUCGUGGUCGGAGAGGAUGUGGCUGUGGUGAACGCCAAUGCAGGACGUCGCGGACUCAGCGGCACCGUGUUCGUUCACAAAUUGGCAGGCGCAGCGGCGAAAAAGGGGAAAGAUCUGGCAACUCUCGUCAAAAUGGUGAACGGCCUGAUCUCUGAGAGUAAAUUGGGCACUAUGGGAGUGGCUAUCAAGCCCUGCACUCUUCCAGGACAGGAGGAUACUUCUCGGGAUGCUGGUGGCACUUCUGGCGUGUUAUACGUCAUCUUCUUGACUGCUGGCUCGCUGCAUCUUGAGACCUGUAAGGAGGACGACGCUGCUGCGUGGAUUGGCGCAUUCCGUGCUGGUAUCAAUGCAGUUCAGAAGUACGGAGGCGCUAAGGAGGGAUCUCGCACUAUGGUGGAUGCUCUGGUUCCCUCACUUCGUGCUCUUGACAACGUGACGUCGAAGACCGGAGCUGAGUUGGCUGCAGCUGCUGCAAAGGCUGCACAGGAAGGCGCUGACGCUACGGCUCGUAUCUCUACCAAGCAAGCAUUUGGUCGCGCUGGAUACGUCGGAGAGGAGUUUGGCGCUGGCAUCCCUGACCCUGGAGCCAAGGCCGCUGCGUUCUGGAUCCAGGCCAUCGCAGACACACUGAACUCGAGCUAAUCUCAGCUUCAGCGACGUAUCACGGCUAGCAGUGAUUCACAUUGCAAAAAUGACGUCGCUAUGGAAAAUUCCUCUUAUACCAAUACAGCAAUGAAAUGAGGAUAAAAUACAGUCUUCCAAGACUGUGGGUAUCUCUUGCUAGCAGCCUUCUCCACCAGCUACAUUGAGGCAAGAAGUACGUUCAAACGACGAAAGUGUCGUCGUGAGCAGAGCCCAGAAAACCAUGAAUACUGCACACACAGUAGCUGCGAUCACAAUGACCAAGCCUUUUCUUCCAGUGAAGCGCGAGAGCUUCAAGGCACGUGCAGCCUCCGCGCAAUCGGGAAGUAGAGGUAGCAGUGUAAGGUGCAGCGCUCGGAUAACUACCGCAACGAGGAAGCAGUACAUGGCUUGUGCUCGUGCAUGACUCGAAUCCGAUUCAUUUUCUGAGUCGUAAACGUCGAAAUGCUCUCCGAUGGCUUGGGACAGCGAAAUGGCGAACGGAACGGCGAGAUUUCCCGUCGUAGUUAUCAAACUGAACGACGUACACUCCAGUCCAGGCUCGGCGACUGCUACUGCGGCGAGCAGAGCCAUGAAGUACGCGAGCGCCUCGAACAUUGCAAUGAUCUGCUCAACAAACAGCGUCAAUCCAGCGACGCGUACCAAAUUGAAUACCGUGAAGAGAGCCACAACGAGAACGAGCCCAGCGGUGACCACCACUGAACCAGCCACAGUCUGCCGCCAACCAAGCUUCUUUAAGAGCCGCAUCGUAGGUCCAUGUCCGAUUAGAAGUGCUGCUAUCGCAAACACUGCAGCAUUCAAGCUCGAGAAAAUGUUGGUCAUUAGCGACCCUGCUGGAGCCCAGUACUCGUAGAUAGCCUUGGCUGAUGUAGCGUAGUAUGUAAAGCAUAGCCGCGAGAGGAACGUGUAAGCCAUCACCUGAACGAUUGCGCGUUGGUGGAACAGCUUGUACGCAGUAGCUUUCCACUCACGCGGCGUUAAGAUGUGAACGUUGUAACCUGCCGGGUUUUCGUCUUCUAACAGCAAAAACCACGUCGAAGCGAUUGUUGCGGCCGAUACCAGGAUGGCAAUUAUCAUCGCACUGUUGACUGAUGCUCCCCAUCCAAAUGUACCUCCGUAGGAAUCGCUAUUGCACAUGAAAGUCACGAGGAACAUCAUCAAAAAUUGCGCGAGAUAGCGGGCUGCAAACAGUGUCGUGACAACAUAAGUCGGCCCUGACGCUCGAGGGGGAGGCAUUGGCAUCGGAUUGACAUCACCCUGCAGCUCUCUCUGUUGGUGGUGGAACUGCAUCUGCUGUUGCUCGC